UGUCUUUGUCGCAGAAAGUUGGCUAGCAAACCCUUAGAUACGCGAGACGACAGCCUAUCGUCUCAUCCAUUCAAGUGUACAUACCAGCAAACAUGCGACACAGAAAGGUAUUUUAUGAACAAAGGUAUCUAUGUUUAUCUUAAGUGUGACUAACUACUUAAGUACAUCGUUAAAUUUGGCUAUAAAACCACCUUGCAGAGAGGAAUUAGCACCAGUGAUGAACGAUGAAUCAAUGAAUGGUGAAGGUACAGUGGAAUCUGGGCCUUACACAGUACAUGUCGACAAUGUUGGUUCAUUGCCAGGACCCGAUAAUUACUUAUCAUGGUCAAUUACAAAAUCCGACUGGCUCGCAUUUGAUUGUGUCUCGCCCAAUUUGCACAAAGUCUCACGACGAAAAAACAACUCUUUGCCUAUUAGGAAUCCUGCCGAUGGGUCUACGAAAAUAUUUUAUAAGCCAACAGGAACUGCUAACCAAUCCUUGUUGGGUCAUGAAUUGGAACCAUUCUUCACCAUCCCGGGGCCUAGCAGAAAGCCAAUACCUAUCAAAAAUCCACUCGAUGGCUCUAUGGUAUUGUUUGAGAAAGAUAUCAUAUGCUCAAGGAAUCAGGAUUUAUGUAUUGGAUCUUCCGACGUCAUUUCCCAGGGUUUUACCCGACCCACUCGGGCGAAGGUGGUAGUCAAAGAUCCGUCAGAUAUGCGUAUUCUCAACCUGUCCCAAGUAUAUUUAUGAUACUUAUGAGUGCAAUUCCAUGCUAGAACUAUGAUAUCUUGAUAUCAAGCCUAACAUGUCACACACCAUGGCUUGAAUUUGAUGGGCCGUAUCGGUCAUGUCAUUGGAGAUACGCUGCUUCUUCCACUCCUGGCCAGGUGCAUAAGCCUCGGUCAACACAGACGAAAGAAUCCGGUGUCUGUCGUUCCGAUAUUCUGGCUUCCGUGCUUGCA